GGCAGGCGAUAAUGAGCUGACCAGCUGCUGCCAUCUCGACGAGCAGGGAGAGUGGGUCAUUGAGUCCCUUCCGCGCGACGAAGCGAAGAAGGCAGUUGCGGAGGCAGACCAGCGGCUGCGCAGCGGGUUCAUGCGCUGGUUAGGUACGGCCCGAGAUCACACUACGCAGGGUUCAACGGAACGAGGGCAAUCUCAGAGUGUAAAUUCGGGUAUGGGGGAGCUGCGGAGAGAAGGUAUCAGAUCUGGUGGUCGGCGGCAUGGCGCGAUCAACGACACAAACGGGUCUCGACGUGGAGAGUGUCUACUUGUGGAGUUGGCCGAACACAGUAUCCCGGAGGAGGCGGGCGGCGAUGAGCUGAUCAGCUGCGGUCACCUAGACAAGAACGGACGGUGGAUUGUCCAGUACCUGCCAUGUGGAGACGCAGAGGGUGCGAUUGCCGAGGCGAGUCGGAACUACGGCUGGCUCGACGAGGACGAAGAACAUGCGCGAGGUUUUGACGCGACUCGGGGGUGCGGCACAGAAAAUGGUCGAGCAGAUGGACUCGCGUCAUUCAUGUCGCAAUGGAUCGCUCUCGGUUAGGCAGGGUCCUCGCGGAGAGUAGGUGACCGGGGACGGUCACAAUUCGAGUAUGGGGGAGAUGUGGGGAGUGGCCCCCACAUAGGCCCGGACAGUAUGUGUAUUCACCUAUUUUGGGCUCUCUGGACUGUCAUGUUCCUUCCGAGCACAUGGACUACCUUCCUUGUUCCCUCCGAUACCCUACACCUUACUGUACUUCAUGGACUUUGUGCGAUUUGCUUUUGAUUACCAUAUAUAGUAACUAGAGACUCUUAGUCAGCUUUUGUGGCAUACAGUGCCACGAAACAUGUACAUACCUUAGUUCUUC